AUGGUCGCACUCUCCCAAAUCGCUACCGGCCUCGUGGCAGCCGAGCACGUCUACAUUCUCGUGCUGGAAAUGUUUCUCUGGACGACGCCUCGUGGUCUCAGGACGUUCAAGCUCGACAGAGAGUUUGCGGAAAAGAGCAAGGCGCUCGCCGCCAAUCAAGGGCUCUACAACGGUUUCCUGGCGGCCGGCUUGACCUGGAGCCUGCUACACCCAUCGCCGGGUUUUGCGCAUCAGCUGCAGCUGUUUUUCUUGUCCACUGUCGUGAUCGCUGGUGCGUACGGCGGCGCGACGGCGACGAGGAAGAUCUGGACGGUACAAAUGUUGCCAGGCAUAGUGUCUUUCGCGCUGACGUACUUUGGGCUAUGA